AUGGGGGCCGUCAUGGGCACCUUCUCAUCUCUGCAGACCAAACAAAGGCGCACCUCCAAAGAUAAGAUUGAGGAUGAGCUGGAGAUGACCAUGGUCUGCCACCGGCCUGAGGGCCUGGAGCAGCUGGAGGCCCAGACCAACUUCACCAAGAGGGAGCUGCAAGUCCUGUAUCGAGGCUUCAAAAACGAGUGCCCGAGCGGUGUGGUCAACGAGGAAACAUUCAAGCAGAUCUACGCACAGUUCUUCCCUCACGGAGAUGCCACCACGUAUGCCCAUUACCUCUUCCACGCCUUUGACACCACCCAGACCGGCUCCGUGAAGUUCGAGGACUUUGUGACCGCUCUGUCGAUCCUACUGAGAGGAACCGUCCAUGAGAAGCUAAGGUGGACUUUUAACUUGUAUGACAUCAAUAAGGAUGGCUACAUCAACAAAGAGGAGAUGAUGGACAUUGUCAAGGCCAUCUACGACAUGAUGGGCAAAUACACGUAUCCCGUGCUCAAGGAGGACACCCCCAGGCAGCACGUGGACGUCUUCUUCCAGAAAAUGGACAAAAAUAAAGACGGGAUCGUGACGUUAGAUGAAUUUCUCGAAUCCUGUCAGGAGGAUGACAACAUCAUGAGGUCCCUCCAGCUGUUCCAAAACGUCAUGUAA